AUGCAGAGGCACAAGAAUAUUCGUGUUCAGCCAAAAGAGGGUCAAACAAAAUCCAAUCCAUCGAAGAGACAUAGAGAGCGCCUGAACUCAGAGCUCGAUAUGUUGGCCAGUCUUCUACCCUUCGAACAGAGCGUUCUCUCCAAACUCGAUAAGCUAUCGAUUCUCCGCUUAAGUGUUUCUUAUUUAAGGACUAAGAGCUACUUUCAA